AUGAUGAAGCCUAAAGAAAUAUUUGUCAUCAACCCUGCUGGAAAUCUCUAUUAUAACUGGCUCUUCAUCAUUACAUUGGCAGUCAUGUACAACUGGACCAUGAUAAUAGCAAGGGCAUGCUUCGAAGAGCUGCAGCACAACUAUAUCCUCUACUGGAUUCUAUUUGACUACAGCUCAGACCUUAUCUAUCUGGCUGAUAUGCUUAUCAGGACCAGGACAGGUUACCUUGAGCAGGGUUUACUUGUCAAAGAUGAGAAGCUGCUCCGCGACCGCUAUGUCAAGAGCUUCCAGUUCCGGCUGGACAUCUUGUCCAUGUUGCCCACUGAUGUCCUCUAUCUUCCUCUCGGUCUGGACUACCCAGAGAUUCGUGUAAAUAAGCUUUUGAGGAUUGGUCGCAUGAUGGAGUUCUUCACAAGAACAGAAACUAAAACAAACUACCCUAACAUCUUCCGUAUUGCAAACUUAAUCAUGUACAUCCUCAUCAUUAUCCACUGGAAUGCCUGCUUCUACUUUUCAUUUUCAAAGUCAAUUGGUUUUGGGUCUGAUGAAUGGGUUUACCCAGCACUCGAUGAUCCAGAAGAGCCUGCUUUUGGUCAACCCAUGAGGAAGUAUGCCUUCAGCCUCUACUGGUCCACAUUAACCCUGACCACAAUCGGAGAAACGCCACCACCAAGCCUCGAUUCCGAAUUUAUCUUCCAUGUGGUUGACUUCUUAGUUGGGGUUCUUAUCUUUGCCACCAUUGUGGGAAAUAUUGCUACCAUGAUCUCCAACAUGAAUGCUGCCCAAGCUCAGUUUCAAGCUCGAAUUGACAAUAUUAAACAAUACAUGCAGGUCCGAAAGGUCAGCAAGGAUCUGGAACUGCGUGUCAUUAAGUGGUUUGACUACCUGUGGAACAAUGGCAAGGCGCAGGAUGAGCGCGAGGUAUUGCGAUAUCUUCCAGACAAGUUGAAAGCCGAGAUCGCCAUCCAAGUUCACAUGGAGACACUCAAAAAGGUUCGCAUCUUUGCAGACUGUGAGGCAGGCCUGCUGAUUGAGCUAGUGCUCAAGUUACGGCCUCAGGUGUUUAGCCCCGGAGACUACAUCUGCAAGAAAGGUGAUAUUGGUCGUGAGAUGUAUAUCAUCAAAGAUGGACAACUCGCAGUGGUUGCUGAUGACGGUGUUACACAGUUUGUGGUGCUGGGAAGCGGAAGCUAUUUUGGUGAGAUCAGUAUCCUUAAUAUCAAGGGCAGCAAAGCAGGAAACAGGCGGACAGCCAACAUUCGCAGCAUCGGAUAUUCAGACCUCUUCUGCCUGUCCAAGGAUGAUCUCAUGGAAUCACUGGUGGAGUACCCAGAUGCUAAAGGCAUGCUGGAGGAGAAGGGUCGACAAAUCCUGAUGAAAGAUGACCUGAUUGACUUGGACCCAGCUAACAUCAAGCCAGAGGUCAAGGAACUGGAAGAGAAAGUCAGCAGGUUAUACAAUACAAUGGAUCUGAUGCAGAUCAAACUGAAGAAGAUUUUAGAAAAAUACAAAAAAACUGAUGAGAUUCUGUGGGAUCGGAUCACUGACCUGGAGCAUCUGACAGGAGAGGAGGUAGAGGAUGACAAUGAUGGGGAUGCGAAAAAAGAUAUUCAAGUGGAAGAAAAGAAAACUGAAGAUAAAGCUGUAGUGGAUGAAGUGGGCAGAGAGGAAAAGGAAGAGAUGGGUGAAGAAGAGAGGGCUGAAGCAAAGGAUGUUCAAGAAAAAGGCAAAAGCAUGAAGACAGAUGACUGGCAAGAAGACAAAAAUAAGUAA